GUGGGCAUCCUUUUGAGCCAUGUGUCCAUUUUGUGAUGAUUUCUUUUGUUAAAAGAUAUACAAUAUCAAAGGAAUGUAACUAGCAAAGUUAAUUAAAAUACACAGAAGAUGGAAAAAAAAAACACAAGUGAAUGAGACGCCGCGUUCAGCCCCUCCUGGUGUGGGCCUUCCACUCUUCGUGGAUGCCCCUCCCCAACCUUUGGCUGACACUGGUGUGUGGAAGGCCAAUCCAUAUGUUGAAUAUUCAUAAUGCUUAAUUUCUUAUGUUUUACAUAAAUAAGUAGAAAUAGCAGUUCUAAUAUUUUCUUCCCACACUCCACUUUGAAGUUCUUUGAAGAGAUGGGUCAGGAGGACUUCUGAACCCUCACAUUGGAGGCUAUAGAAAUGUUUGUCCGGCUGCCUGGCUUAUUCUGGAUAGAGUAAGGGGAGGGCAGGGGGCUUACCUAGGGCCCCUGUGUAGAACUGUGUUUCAGUACAAUUGAUUGCCUUUAUAAUCCUAGGUAUUUCACUUUAUGUAUUUAACACUCUUACUCUGACAAGGGGUCUGUGGCACUAAAAAAAGUUAAAACCCCUUGGGGUAGGGUCUUCCCUACCUCUACCCCCAAAAUCCUCCCACCACAAAUUAACCAUCUUUUUAACUUUGGCUCUAGUUUUUCUCUCUCACAUAGUAUCUAUAUUCCAAAAAGAAAUGGGUGUUUUUUUUGUCCCUUAGAUCCCACGCGCCUCUGUGUGUUGACAAACAGCCCUGCAAACUCAUGGAUAAAGAGGGACAGAGGUGUGGGUGGUGGGCUAGCUGCAGCUAUGACUUGCUUGCCAAACCAUGCCUCAGGUCACACAGGACCUGGAUUUGUGCCUCAGUGGAAUUACAGGCAACUAUAUUGUAUCAUGGGCCUUUGGAGCACUGGAGAAUAGUGUUAAAUCAGAGGAUGUUGGGCGCUUGCAGGAGGAAGUGCUCUUGUGCUCUUACCCCUGGGGCUCCAAAAGAAAAGACCCUCAGCCCACUCUGUCUGUUCCUUUGCCUUUGUAAAUACUGUUUGGAAUCUGUAAAGUGGUGUCAUGAAUGCUUAUUACCUGAUUCCUCUGUUUCAAGUCUCACCUCCUCUGUGAAGCCUUCUCUCUCCACAGCCACCCUUGCCGAUCUCUGCAUACUGACAGUUAAUUCAUUCUAUGAAUGCACCAAGUGCCUGCUCUGGGCUGGCACUGUGCCCAGUACUAGGACACAGAGGGAGGAAACACUACUACUGCCUUUCAGGAACUCGCAAUUUGGUGAAAGGAACAUGAGAGCUGGACAGAUGAAUACCAGGGAUUGCUAAGGGUGGCCACAGACUAAGCAUUGCACAGCAUCCUGGAAUAUUAUUUUUACCUAAAAUUUUGGAAAGAACUUUUUAAAAUGUAAAACAAGCAUGGAUCUAUUAUAGGGUAGGUUCCAACAUGAAUUUUUGAGCUAAAAUAGGAGAUUCCAAAGAGGUCAAAGAACAGGCCAGCCUGGCAUAUAAUAAAUGCUCACUGAAUACUUGUUGAGUGACUCUCAUGCUGUCUCCUCCAUCCACAGUGACUUGAAGGUAUCACCUGCCUGACCCAAUAUGUCCAUGGCCAUCUAGCCCUCAGCUCUGCCCAGUCUGCCCUGUACUCUCCUCCUUUCAGCCAGAUGCUCUAACUGCUUUCUCUCCCUCUGCUACCCAGGAAGCCACUGUUGCUGAGAUUGCCCCAGUUAUGCCAGAGGAACCUGAUGUCCCUGCUUAUGGCUGUUUGGCCAUCACUGCCUGAAAGUGGGCUUCUCUCUGUGCUGCAGAUUGCCCAGCAGGACCUAGUCUCGGACCCUGAUGCUUGGCUCCGUGCCCUGGGGGAAUUGCUGCAAAGGGAUCUGGGCGGUGGGGCUUCCCUUGAGGGAGCUUCCUUACUGUCCAAAAGGUGCCAGAGACAGCUCCAAGGCUUGUGUAGGCAGCUGGGCCGAGGGGGCAGGAGGUUGAAAUUGCCCCAGGUUCCAGACCCUGAAGAAGAGGAAGAGGACAGGGACUUUCAGCAGUCUGGGAAACGCAGAAAGGAGCCCGAGGAAGAGCCUGCCAGUCCUGACGGGGAGAGAGCCCCCAAAAGAUUCAGGUGUUCAGAAAGGGAAGAAGAAGCAGAUGAGGAGAAGAGACCUGCACAUGAGUCAUUGGAAUCCCUGGCAGGUGGAGAAGGUGCAUCUCCCAUUAAGAACCAGCCUGUCCUGGGAGCUGAGACCAGCAAGGCUAGUCCGAGUCUGGAGGAUGCUAAGCGUCCAGCUGAGAGUUUGCGGUUGCCCAAAGCUUUCCAGGACCAGGUUCCCAGGCUGCAGCAGCUGCUGAAGACCUUUGGGGAGAGGCUGGAGGGGUUGGAGGAUUCUCCCCCAGUUGAGCUACAGCUUCUGCACGAAUGCAGUCCCAGCCAGCAGAUGGACCUGCUGUGUGCCCAGUUGCAGCUCCCCCAGCUUUCGGACACAGGUCUCCUGCAGCUCUGCACCUGGCUGCUGGCCCUGUCACCAGAUCUUAGCUUCAGCAAUGCCACUGUGCUGACAAGGAGCCUCUUUCUUGGACGGAUCCUCUCCCUGACUUCCUCAGCCUCUCGUCUGCUUACGACUGCCCUGACCUCCUUCUGUGCCAAGUAUACCCACCCUGUCUGCAGAGCCCUCCUUGGUCCUGUGCUCCAGGCCCCAGGCACAGGUCCAGCUCAGACAGAGUUACUGUGUUGCCUUAUGAAGGACGAGUCCCUGGAGCCAGGUGCACUGGUUCUAAUGCUGGGACAGAUCUUGGAGCUGCCUUGGAAGGAGGAAACUUUCUUGGUGUUGCAGUCACUCCUGGAGCGUCAGGUAGAGAUGACCCCUGAGAAGUUCAAUGUCUUAAUGGAGAAGCUCUGUAAAGAGGGGCUGGCAGCUGCCACCUCCAUGGCCUAUGCCAAGCUGAUGCUGACAGUGAUGAUCAAGUACCAGGCCAAUAUCACUGAGGCGCAGAGGCUGGGCCUGGCUGUGGCCCUAGAGCCCAACACCACCUUCCUGAGGAAGUCCCUUCAGGCCACCUUGAGACAUUUGGGCCCCUGACCACACAGCAAGGGACCACCCUCCUGGAGCUCCAUCACCAGCUUCCUGAAGGACAUUUCUGCCUUGGCCACCUUUCCCUGACCCCCUGCCUGGGGGUAAAGGCUGAGCCUGGCCAUUCUAGGGACCAACUGCCUUCCUGUUCCAGGCUGCAGAGAGGCCAUUUUGGCUUCCCAGCCAGCAGGGAAGCUUCUGGGCUAAAUGAGCUAAAUGAGCUAUAUUUUCAAGGGCCGCUGGCCCUGGGCUCACUCCUCGUCAAUUCUAAGGCUGCAGGGACAGAAAUUUUCUGAUAGGCCUCGAGCAUAUCCAGAGUAGACAUGAUGCUCUAGGAGAUCUGGUACCUAUGUGCUCGGCACAGGUCCCUUGUGCUUAGGUGUAUGUUAUGGUCCUCUGUUUUUGUUUCUGACUUGAAUAAUAAUUUAUCAAUUGUAUUUAAUAAAAAGCAGGAACUUCGGUAAUGUCUUA